UUAGUGGGUCUCUUAGUUAGCGGGCACCUCAAACACAGGCAGCUAAGCUCUUCUCUGUGGUCCUUCUCUGUCUGCUGAAGACGAGCUCUACCCCCACCUUCCGUUGACUUGGAAACAAGCUCUCUGCUUUUCAUCCCCUCCUCCCAGCCCCUCCAGUAUCUUCUGUGAAAUCACAACACACCUCCCUGUUUCAUAUCACGUAAAGAAACAGCAAGAGAAAGAAGACAGAGAAACAGAAAAGUGUUUUUUUCCUUCUUCUUCCUCCUUUUUUUAUUGUUGGGACUGUGCCUCCCAUUGCUGUAGUUGCUUCUGCCGUCUGUUUCACUGCAAUGGAAAGGACAGGGGAAGCUGCAGUAGCUGCUGGAAGACUGGAUGUGGUCUGAAGCCUCUUUUGUGAAACAGUAGAAAACAACCCAUUACAAGGAAGAGCAAAGAAAGCAAAAACCAGCUUGAUCCACACACUUCACAGAUUCUUCAGCUCAACACUGAGUAGCAUUACCAAGGCAACAGGGAAAAUACAAUUAAAGGGCAAGUGAGGCAGAAGCAAGUCUGAUAAGUACAUAAGACAUUACCUUAGCAAGAAGGGGGAAGUAACAAAACAAUGCAGUGCAGGAAAGGAAACUGGAUGCACCCCAAACAGCAGUGGGAACAAAACUUUGAAUUGCUGCAGUGACAGGAAUGUACUUCUGCAUGCUUGGAGGUCAGGGCAGUGCCAUGAGCUUGAUAACAGAAAGGAUCCUUCAGAAGCUUUUGUGGUGUGUGCUGUCUUACCCCCACUGGGAUUAAGUGAGUUGGUACUGACUAGCUGGCCCAGCAGGUACAGGACUGGGUGGUAUACUUGGUGCAUCAUAUUUAAAAAGGCAGUAGACCCUCUUUGAAUGCUGAUAGAAACAGAGCAAGAGAGAAAUAAAAACAGACAGAGGCAAGGAGAGGGCAUUAUUCCCUCCUUUUUAGUUACAGCCUGCUAUACCAUGGGAUGUCGUCAAAGCUCUGAGGAAAAAGAGGCAGCGCGGCGCUCCCGCAGGAUCGACCGCCACCUGCGCUCAGAAAGCCAGCGCCAGCGUCGUGAGAUUAAACUCCUGUUGCUCGGCACCAGUAAUUCCGGCAAAAGUACCAUUGUCAAGCAGAUGAAAAUCAUCCACAGUGGUGGGUUUAACUUGGAGGCUUGUAAAGAGUACAAGCCUCUCAUUAUUUACAAUGCAAUCGACUCUCUGACACGUAUCAUUCGUGCCCUGACCACCCUGAAAAUUGAGUUCCACAACCCUGAUCGGGCAUAUGAUGCUGUCCAGCUGUUUGCAUUGACAGGUCCUGCAGAGAGCAAAGGAGAGAUCACCCCUGAACUCUUGGGUGUCAUGAAACGCCUCUGGGGGGACCCUGGAGUUCAGGAAUGCUUUUGUCGUUCCAAUGAGUACCACCUGGAAGACAAUGCAGCUUAUUACCUUAAUGACCUGGAUCGGAUUGCAUCACUCGACUACAUCCCCACUGUAGAGGACAUUCUUAGGUCCCGGGAUAUGACCACGGGUAUAGUUGAGAACAAGUUCACCUUUAAGGAGCUGACAUUCAAAAUGGUGGAUGUGGGAGGCCAAAGGUCUGAACGCAAGAAAUGGAUUCACUGCUUUGAAGGAGUAACUGCCAUUAUUUUCUGUGUAGAGCUGAGUGGAUAUGACCUAAAGCUAUAUGAGGAUAACCAGACGAGUCGAAUGGCUGAGAGUUUGCGCCUUUUUGACUCCAUCUGCAACAAUAAUUGGUUCAUCAACACCUCACUUAUCCUCUUCCUCAACAAGAAGGACUUGUUGGCAGAGAAGAUAAAACGGAUCCCCCUCACAGUAUGCUUCCCAGAAUACAAGGGACAAAACACAUAUGAGGAGGCAGCUGUUUAUAUCCAACGACAGUUUGAGGACCUGAACCGCAACAAGGAGACCAAGGAAAUUUACACCCACUUCACAUGUGCCACAGACACCAGUAACAUCCAAUUUGUCUUUGAUGCAGUCACGGACGUCAUUAUCCAAAACAACCUGAAAUAUAUUGGACUCUGCUAGAUCAAGACAAAGGAAAUUUUCAGGGAAAACAAGCCCCACCAACUGGAGGCAGAGGAGAAGCAACAUAGCCAGGGUCUAAGGUCAUGGCUGAGGCAAAUAGUGGCCCCUGCUAAUUAAUUACCAUUACUGGGAGCCAUAAGUGGCAUGUGGUCAGUGCUCUUAAAAUAUAAACCACCUCUGUGAGCCUUAGCUCAGCAGUUUUGAUUUGAAAGGAAUUGCAGAGCUUAAUGCCUCUUUUUGAUUUUGUGUGGAGCUUCUAGUUGAAAUAAUUACUUCUUGCCAGUAUGACAGGAUGACAGCUGAGGGCUUUCACUUUGCUGUUGAAGGAAAUGCAGACACAUUGUCAACUUUCACCUAAAGUAACUGCUGCCUGUCUGUGCAAUUCAGGAAGCUAAAAUAAAUUGUUCUUGAACCAUAGCAACUAAAAGUUCAGACUCAGUAUCUAAUGGGGACCACUCCUCUUCUGUGGAAGCAACAUUCCAAGGGAAAUACCACAGACUUAGCUUCUCUACUGGCCUUUUACACUUCAGCAUAAAGAUGGUUACUCCACAUACCCCUUAUUUACCCACAGUAUAUUGCCUGUACCAUAUUUUGUAACCUUCAUUCCUUCUCUAUUUACCCAUUAAUUGCCAAUCACAAUGUGUUUUUGCAAAUGCAAAAUAAUGUUGAGUGUUUUGUAUAUAAUUGAAAAAAAACAAGUUUCACAGGUUACUUUUUUAAUACCUUGUUCUGUGUGUGAAUAAAUGCAUGGACUUUUAUUCUCCCCCGUCAUGCUGGGCUCUCCAGAAAUGCAGACACAUGAGCCAGGGCUGCCAACCUGGCAACCUUGUAAAGUAUACAAAAAUUUCUUAAAGGAUAUUUUAUUUAAUUAGAAAAAGUAUAUGGUUUAUUAAACAUGAAAAAUGGAGGAGCAACUUGAACAAUUUACUGUAGAGCUGAAAAUGUAUUAAAAUGUUAAAUUAUUUUGUGAGAAGAAAUGUAGACUGAUGUAUGCAUUAGCUGGCACAUUAUGAAGCAGAAGGCAUGCCUGUGUGUGUGUGUGUGUGUGUGUGUGUGUGUGUGUGUGUGUGUGUGUGUGUGUGUGUGUGUGUGUGUGUGUGUGAAAUGUGCCACUACACUUAAUAGAAAUCCAAAACCGUUACAUGACAUAUACAACUUCAGAGGCAUGGCUGUCAAUUCAAGGUUCUUGGAAAUGGACUGAAAUCAUGGACAUGGUAGCAAGUCUCAGGGAGUUUACUUUAAGCUCCUCUACUGGGAACUUCAGAAAGGGAGUUGUGACAAGAAGCUGUCUUGUAAAUAGAUUUGGGAAUUACAGAGCAGAGACAUGCACUCACACAAACAUGUGUUAAGUAACCUAUCACUUUUUCCCACAUGUACCAAGAUAAUUGUGAGACUCCUCAGCCAAGGGCUUUAAAACUGAUACACAAAGAAAUACGUACAGCAAGUAAAGUCUCCACUGUAAGAAAUUUAAAUAAACUCAGUGAUGCCUAA